AUGGCUUUCCAUCUCUACAUGUGUGCGGGAGCGGUAAAAAACUCCAACAAGUACUCUACAACAGUAGCCUCCUACAAGUGCUCUACAACAGUAGCCUCCUACGGGUGCUCUACAACAGUAGCCUCCUACAAGUGCUCUACAACAGUAGCCUCCUACAAGUGCUCUACAACAGUAGCCUCCUACAAGUGCUCUACAACAGUAGCCUCCUACAAGUGCUCUACAACAGUAGCCUCCUACGGGUGCUCUACAACAGUAGCCUCCUACAAGUGCUCUACAACAGUAGCCUCCUACAAGUGCUCUACAACAGUAGCCUCCUACGGGUGCUCUACAACAGUAGCCUCCUACAAGUACUCUACAACAGUAGCCUCCUACGGGUACUCUACAACAGUAGCCUCCAACGGGUACUCUACAACAGUAGCCUCCUACGGGUGCUCUACAACAGUAGCCUCCUACAAGUGCUCUACAACAGUAGCCUCCUACGGGUACUCUACAACAGUAGCCUCCAACGGGUACUCUACAACAAUAGCCUCCUACAAGUGCUCUACAACAGUAGCCUCCUACGGGUACUCUACAACAGUAGCCUCCUACGGGUACUCUACAACAGUAGCCUCCUACGGGUACUCUACAACAGUAGCCUCCUACAAGUGCUCUACAACAGUAGCCUCCUACGCGUACUCUACAACAGUAGCCUCCUACGGGUACUCUACAACAGUAGCCUCCUACAAGUGCUCUACAACAGUAGCCUUCUACAAGUGCUCUACAACAGUAGCCUCCUACAAGUGCUCUACAACAGUAGCCUUCUACAAGUACUCUACAACAGUAGCCUCCUACAAGUGCUCUCCAACAGUAGCCUUCUACAAGUGCUCUACAACAAACUUAGCCUUGCUCUACAAGUUCUCCAAAACAGUAGCCUCCUACGGGUUACUCUACAACAGUAGCCUCCUACAAGUGCUCUACAACAGUAGCCUCCUACAAGUGCUCUACAACAGUAGCCUCCUACGGGUACUCUACAACAGUAGCCUCCUACGGGGUACUCUACAACAGUAG